GGCGCCCCGCGCCCCGCCGCCGCCGAGCGAAGCCGGGCCGGGCUUGGAGCUGCUCAUGGAGAAAGUGCCGGGCGAGAUGGAGAUUGAGCGCCGGGAGCGCAGCGAGGAGCUGUCCGAGGCGGAGAGGAAGGCGGUGCAGGCUACGUGGGCCCGGCUCUAUGCCAACUGCGAGGACGUGGGGGUGGCCAUCCUGGUGAGGUUCUUUGUGAACUUCCCGUCCGCUAAGCAGUACUUCAGCCAGUUCAAGCACAUGACGGAGCCCCUGGAAAUGGAGCGGAGCCCCCAGCUUCGGAAACACGCCUGUCGGGUCAUGGGGGCCCUCAACACGGUCGUGGAGAACCUGCACGACCCCGAGAAGGUGUCCUCUGUGCUCGCCCUUGUGGGCAAAGCACAUGCCCUCAAGCACAAGGUGGAGCCCGUGUACUUCAAGAUCCUCUCCGGGGUGAUUCUGGAAGUGAUCGCCGAGGAAUUUGCCAAUGACUUCCCACCGGAGACGCAGAGAGCCUGGGCCAAGCUGCGUGGCCUCAUCUACAGCCACGUGACUGCCGCCUACAAGGAAGUGGGCUGGCCCACCGGCCACGCUGCCCUCUUCGGGGCCGUAGGACCCCCUCGCUCCUCCCCCCUCCCAGGCAGCACCCUGAGCAGAAGGCCGAGUUCCGAAGACCCUCCCUGGAUGCCCAGGAAGCUGGAGGAGUCCCUGAGUCGUCUUCCCAGAGAGGCAGCCUCUGCUGUGGCCACGGUCCCCACCGGAGCCGCCGGGAGGUGGCGCUGGCUGCCUGGGUGCUGACCCCAGCUCAGUGGCCUGUGGGGAUGGGGGACCCUUCCUCCUUGAAGAGCUGGGCCCACCCUUCGUAGCUUUUCUACUGUCUGUCAGGGACCCGGCUGAGAAGCUGGCCGGAGCCGGGGCCGGUCCGAGUCCCUCCGGGAGUGAGCCAGCCCCGGUUCUGUCUGCACGAGCAGCAUGCAGGUCCCAUGUCACCUACCUAGAGCAUCACGCGCACACAUCUACCACAUAUGCAGAUAUAUUCUAUAUACAAUCUAUAUAUAAAAAAAAAAUAUAUAUAUAUACACACAUAUCUAUACUGUGUAUCUCCGGGGUCCGGGCCCAGAGGCACAUGGGAAGCCGGGGUUCUGCCCAUCUACGUGAGGGGCAGGGAGGGGUCCUGGUCAUGCUUCUGGGCAGAGGACAGCGUGUUCUCAAAGAGAUGGGGGUCCCACAUCAGAGAGAAUCUAGGCCUGUGGGUGACCCGAGGGCCUAGGUGGGCAGAGCUGGCGUGACCCAGCUUUGCCAGCAAAGUCCAGCCCGUUGUCUGACCAGCCUGCCCAUGUUCCUGCUUUCCGCUUCCAGGUUCAAAGGAUUUGGCUUGUCCCACUCCCCUCCCCCACCCCAAAGGCUAUGGCUCCCUGACUUGCUUGCUGAAGCCCUUAGGGCAAGAGCAAACAGAGGGGCCAGCCCUGUGCAGAACCGGAUGCCUGCCCUGGGGGAGAGGCCGGGGUAAAGGGGCCUCGAAUGCCAGCCCCGUCUGCCUUUGCUGCUUUGGAGCCCCGCAGAAGCUGGGCUCCGUGCAGCUGUCAGAGAUGACAGGCCAGAUGCCACCCUGUUGCCAUCUCAUGGAGCUCUGCGGGCCUGGGGCUCAGGGCCUUCCCGCCCCACGCCCCUCCCCCACCCCGGCUGCUGGCUGAGAGUUGGUCCUGUCCACCCAUCUGGGUCAGAGAUGCUGGAGACCCCCCCCCCCCCCGUGUGUGUCCCUUGGUCACGUGUACCGUCCUCGAGGGUGUCUGGCUGCUGUGCCUGUGUCCCUCCCGUCCCUCCUCCCGCGGCCGUGCCUUCACUGCCUGCCCUUUUGUAGUUUCUGAUGUUUGUAACCAGUCCCAGCGCGUCAUUAAACAGACUCGCUCUCCCUGUGUC